AAAUAAAAAUAAAUUGAAAAACUUUCAUGGUGGAUCCUAAAAAAAAAACAUGCAACAAUGGAGAAGGAAUACAAUGAUUAAAAAAGAAGAAAAAAUGAGUUUCCGUGGAUAGCUCAAAUACACAACCAUUUUUCUAUAGCUCAAAUACGCGACAUAUUUCUAUAGCUCAAAUACACAACCAGUUUUUCCUUUUUUGGCUUACUCACCGUUCCUCUCUCAUUUCCUUUCUCUCUACCUAUUUGUUUAAGCCAAUUAAAUUACUCAUUUGAUGCUACAAACAUUUGAAAAGGAAAUGUAAAAAACCCUACAAACCACACAUACCCCCAACCAGAAUAAACAAAAAGACAACAGAGGUUUUAAAAGACUCAGUCCUGCUUCUUCUCUCCUCUGUGACUCUUCACACUUUCAUUUCAGAUAUUAUCCCCACUAUUCUACACACGCUACCAAUCUCUUGUAGAACUGUUUUCACACACUCAAGAAACCUGUUACCAAAUUAUUUCUCUGUAAAAAAAAUAAGAAAAACCCAUAGUUUUCUGCCCAAUUUGUUUUAGCAUUGAAUCAACAAUGGCUUCUUUUUUUAUGCGUUCCAGACUUGUGCUGCACCGGGUGUGUUGUUGCAUUGCUCUGCUUUUCACUCUCUGUUUCGCCGCUGACCCGUUUGCUGAGUUUAAAUUGGAGUACACUUAUAUCACUGUUUCUCCUCUUGGCGUUCCCCAGCAGGUUAUAGCUGUGAAUGGAAAAUUUCCAGGUCCUGUCCUUAACGUUACAACCAAUUAUAAUGUUGUGGUGGACGUGAGGAACAAAUUGGAUGAAGAUCUUCUUGUCACUUGGUCCGGAAUUCAGAUGCGACGCACUUCCUGGCAAGAUGGGGUUCUUGGUACAAAUUGCGCCAUCCCUGCUGGAUGGAACUUCACUUACCAGUUUCAAGUAAAGGAUCAGAUUGGUAGUUUUUUCUAUUUUCCUUCCAUCAACCUGCAGAGGGCAGCUGGUGGUUUCGGUUCUUUUAUUGUCACGAACCGUAAUAUUAUCCCUAUUCCCUUUAGCCCUCCGGAUGGAGAUAUAGUGAUAAUUAUUGGCGAUUGGUACACUCGCAGCCAUAAGGCUUUGAGGAAGGACCUUGAUGACGGAAAGCAAUUGGGGAUGCCAGAUGGAGUACUUAUUAAUGGAAAAGGCCCAUACAGAUACAACACGACACUUGUACCUGAUGGGAUUGACCACGAUACAAUAGAUGUUGAUCCAGGCAAAACCUAUCGGGUUCGGGUGCACAAUGUUGGAGUCUCUACUUGUUUGAAUUUUAGGAUUCAAAAUCAUAAUCUACUCUUGGUGGAGACGGAGGGAUAUUACACUUCACAGCAGAAUUAUACUAGUGUAGAUAUUCAUGUUGGGCAGUCUUACACAUUUCUGGUUACCAUGGAUCAGAAUGCAAGUAGUGAUUACUACAUUGUGGCGAGUGCUAGGUUUGUAAACCAAACAAUCUGGCAAAAAGUAACUGGUGUUGGUAUUUUGCAUUAUUUCAACUCCAAAGGAAAGGCAGCUGGCCCACUUCCAGACCCUCCAAAUGAUGUGUAUGACACAUCUUAUGCACUGAAUCAGGCAAUGUCCAUCAGGCAAAAUGUUUCUGCAAGUGGAGCUCGGCCGAAUCCUCAAGGAUCUUUCCAUUAUGGUCAAAUUAAUGUCACAGAUGUUUAUUUUCUAAAGAGUGUGCCACCAGUGUCAAUUGAUGGAAAGCUUCGAGCUACCUUUAAUGGGAUUUCAUUUAAAAAUCCUGCCACUCCAAUGAGGCUUGCUGAUGUAUACUAUGUGAAGGGUGACUACAAGCUUGAUUUCCCGAAUAAGCCAAUGAAUAGACCACCCAAGGUGGACACGUCCAUUAUCAAUGCCACAUACAAGGGAUUUAUAGAAAUUGUAUUGCAGAACAAUGACACGGUAGUCCAGAGCUUUCACAUGGAUGGCUACUCAUUUUUUGUUGCUGGGAUGGGUUCUGGAGAAUGGACAGAGAACAACAGGGGAUCUUAUAAUAGGUGGGAUGCAAUUUCCCGGUCUACAACUCAGGUUUUUCCUGGUGGAUGGACAGCAGUUUUGGUAUCUCUCGACAAUGUUGGGGUGUGGAACCUCAGAGCAGAAAACCUGGACAGGUGGUAUUUAGGGCAGGAGACGUAUAUGCGAGUCAUUAAUCCUGAAGAUCACAGCAACAAGACAGAAAUGCCGGUGCCUGAAAACGUUCUUUAUUGUGGUGCCCUUGCAUCUAAGCAAAAGAAACAGAAAGCAUCUUCAGCGACAACCAUAUUUGGAAGCUCAGAGCUAUAUUUUACAUUGCUGUUGGUAUUCUCUGCUGUUAUCAGUUUUCUAUUCUAGAGUGCUACUUCAGUUGGUGAAAAUAUUUAAACAGCCAGAACUGGGAAUUCACUUUCUUGUAGGAUGAUGAGCUGAUAGGAUUCGUGUUUUUUAUUCUUUUUUUUAAACCUUGAGAAAGUUGAUUAACAUUAGUUUGCACAGUGUCCCUUCUAUUUCAUUUGUUCUGAAAAAAAAAUUGUGCAUUAUGUGAAGCCAACUUACUGACAAAAUUUAACCUGUGGGAUCCAUCAUUCUUUGGUUCAAUUACUUCAUAGUGAUGGUGCCCAACCCUUGGGGUUGUUAUCAUUUAUCCUUUACUUUUGGAUCAA